CUAGCAGUCGCAGUAGCAACCGCUGCGGCAGCAAACAAGGCAACAUUGUGGAGAACAACGCGCGCCUCCAGAAACCGUUGAAAUGCUGUGCUGCACAGCGAAUUCAAAUUAGUCUUGUGACAAGUGUUGGCUGCUAAAGUUGUUCUGGAAUUUUAGUGAAAAUGAAUUAGAAAUGUUUUUAUUUUUUUUUGAACUUAUUUAGCAAAAGCGCUGUUGACAAACAGUCUUGGAAUUUCUACAGUUGCGAUUAAAAUAAAGGGAAAUCGUGCGUGUAUGUGAUGAUUUAGACUUCAAGUAGGCCCUCUGUGCCAAGUUUGGGAUGUAAAAGAUAUUUUUGUGAUAUGAGAAAUACAAAUCCCAUACGGAUCUCCAGCGGCGACAGACAACAAUUAACUUUGUGCUUAAUUAUUUUAAUUGAUGUCGUAUUAAGUGUUAACUAAGCAACGCAUAAGUGAUUGUGAGCGUGCGUGCAUGUGUGUGUGUGUGUGUGGUGUGCAUUUUAAACACGCGCGCCCAAAGACAACCAGAUAAUCCGACAACCAACGAAGCAAACAAAAACACCAACCAAUCAAUCUACCCACCUCCUAGCAUAAACUGUUAACCCACCAACUAAGUAAUUACGCAUUUGUUGAGUAACUACUCAUAGCCAGUGCUCAACAGCAGCUCAUCAUAAGCUCUCUACAUUGCUCACUUGCCAACUCUAACCACACAAACACACUUACAACGGCCCCGCCAGCGCUAUGGGUAUUAAGGAUAAAAUACGCGUGCUGAAGAAUGGCACCAGCCCCAGUCAAAACCAAAGCCACGAGACAGCCGUUACACCACCAACGAAGGGCCUCGAUCUAUUGAAACCACAUUCCAGUCGCAAUUUGAUGACUCCGGGACAGGUCACCGAACAGACAUUGCAGGUGUGGCGCGCUUUGCCACCACAAAUACGACACGAUCCCAGUAUGGUGUCCUUUCAAUUGGAAAAUGAGCGAUUACAUGGUUCCUUAGUACUAAAUACAGAUGAUGAGUCCGGCAAUCCCCAUGACAUCGAGUCGAGUUAUGAAGAUGAACAUAGCUUUGCAGAUUCGGAAUAUAUAAAUAUGAAAAAGCUAUCACAAGGCCAUAAUACAGCCGACGAACGAAGCACCGACGGCGAAUGUACACUCUCGGACAUCGAAAGCUCGACCAACGACAAAUCCAAAGCGGUUGUGACGCGCGUAGUGGCUCAACAAAAGUCGAAAGAACGACGUAAGCGUGAGCGGCUAAUAAAACGUAGUGGCUUGCUGAUAUUUUGGCUAUUCGCUGCAGUGGUUUUGAUGAUAUUCGACGAGAAGCAUUUGCUGGAGAAGACAUUGGAAGUGCCGUGGAAUAAAACGAAAAACUUUGUGCUGCCGCAAAAUCCCACCGGUGACUUCAAACUCAAAAUCUUCGGCACUUUCAAUGAGACCAUGAGAAUGUAUCACCAUGACGAUGAUGGAAAAUUUCUGUUUGUGCAACCACAGUUGUCCUACCAUGACAAAGUGAAUAAUCGAAAGGAUUAUAAGAACAUUCUGCAACCCUGGCUAAUACCAAUCGUUGCGGAAACGCUCUUCGAAGUCGCGCCGGUCGUUUGGCGUAAUCAAACAUACGAAAUGCCGGAAAAUAUUUUGCGUAAGCUAAAAAAGCCCGGCGCGCAGAUGCGUCUGAGCAUGUACACUAAUGCGGAGAAGGACUUCGCCGUAGAAUUGGUCUACAAUCCAUUGAUAAUCAAUAAAAAGACUGGCACGCUGCUCGCUUCGGGUAUUUUAUUGAUCUUCUAUGCGUUGCUCGUGUGGGAGGUCUUCCAGCGCACCUUUGUGGCCAUCAUUUGCUCUAUACUCUCCGUCGCUGUGUUGGCCUGCUUCGACGAUCGCCCAAAUAUGGAGGAGAUCAUCGAAUGGAUGGAUAUGGAGAUGUUAACGCUGCUAUUUUCUAUGAUGAUUAUAGUUGGCAUCUUAGCAGAGACGGGUGUUUUCGAUUACAUAGCCGUGUUGGCAUUUGAGAUAUCGGGCGGUAAAAUUUGGCCUAUGAUAUAUUUUCUAUGCUUUAUAACUUGCUUUGUAUCGAGUUUCCUGGAUAAUGUGACUACAGUUAUUCUGAUGACGCCGGUGGCGAUUCGACUCUGUGAGGUCAUGAGCUUGGAUCCAGUUCCGGUCCUGUUGGGCAUUAUUGUGCAAUCGAAUAUUGGCGGCUCGUUGACACCCAUUGGUGAUCCAAUUUCGAUAAUCAUUUGCUCGAAUCACUUCUUUACGAAAAAUGGCAUCACAUUCACCAAAUUCGUCGCCCACACUCUACCCGGUGUUCUACUCACUUCCAUACACAGUUGCAUUUACCUGCGCUUCGCCUUCCGCGACCCGCAAUCGCUGCGGCUCAACGAACCCAAAGAGUUCAAGGACCUGCGACGUGAAAUCAAAGUUUGGCAACGUGCCGCCAACUCACUCUCCUCCUAUUCCAAAGAUGCUGACCUCGUGCGCGCCACCUUGCACAAGAAAGUGAAAUUGCUAAAGCGUACGCUGCGCCGCAAGCAACGUGGCCUCGAUUCAAACGAUGCCUACACCCAUACGCUGCAAGAACUUAAGCUCAAGUAUCCCAUCAAGCAUAAGAUGUUGCUGAUGCAAACUUGUGGCGCUUUAGCCUUCGUACUCAUCUGUUUCUUUGUGCAAUCGGUGCCGCAAUGGCGUACACUGCCACUCGGUUGGCUAGCACUGCUUGGCGUUAUUGGAUUGCUGAUUGUUUUGAAUCGUGAUGAUAUGGAACAUUUAUUGCAUCGCAUUGAAUGGACGACGCUUUUGUUCUUUGCCGCCAUGUUUGUGAUGAUGGAAUGUGUGGAACGGUUGGGUCUCUUCGCAUGGAUUGGCGAAAUUACGAAGCGGAUUAUAUUGUUUGUCGACGAGCGACAUCGUUUAGCAAUGGCUAUAUUUAUUAUUUUGUGGAUAUCGGCAAUGGCCUCAGCGGUGUUGGAUAGCAUACCGGUGACGGCUAUGAUGGUGCGUGUCGUCGUAUCGCUGGUGAGUAGGGAAACAUUGGGACUGCCGUUGGAGCCGCUCGUCUGGGCGCUGACAUUCGGUUCGAGUUUGGGAGGCAAUGGUACUUUGUAUGGCGCUUCCUCCAAUGUGGUCUCGGCUGGCAUCGCCGAACAACAUGGCUAUAAGAUAACAUUUACACGCUACUUGAAAGUCGUAUUUCCCAUGAUGGUCGGCCAAAUUAUUAUCAUCACCGCUUAUUUAAUGUGGGCACACAUUCUCUUCGAAUGGCAUGAGGAUUAAUUAAGGAACCUAUCUAGAGGCCAAAGAAUCUAAGUAUUCAAUUAAAAGCUAAGAGCUGUUAUUUAGUAAAUACAUACAUGCAUACAUACGUAACUUGUUCUACGCAAACAUUAUCUAAAUAUAAGAUUAAAAUAUCUACCUACCUAUCUACCUAUAGUUAUGGAAAAUGAUUUCUAUGUGCUUGGGAGCUCAGUAUUUUUUAGGUUAUAUGUGUGCGUACUUUUUCGCUUUUCGAAAUUUUAUCUAAAAUCUAAGCUGAAUUUACAUACACAUUUAUGUACAUAUUUAUGUAUUAUACACUUAUGGUGUACGUAUGAUUUUAUUUGGAUUCCAUACAGAUUUAUAAACAUGUGAACAACUUUUUGAUUGUGAUUUUAGCGAGCAAAUGAUUUAUGGCGUUUUCUUUUUUACCGAAAAAUUAUACCCCGUGAUUGCGCACUUCGCACGAAUAUAUGUAUACUAAGUAGGAAUGUUAAUUCCGGGAUGCCGAACUUUUUUAGGCUCCGAAAAUCCCUGGAUUCUUGGCAAAUAACCCGG